UUUGCAUUUUUAAUUCACACAUUUUCUUCCAUUUAAACGAGCUCAUUGCAAUCACCAACAAAAUUAUAUUUCGCUUGAAAUGCUUGGCGACGAGGCAUUCAGGCUGGUCAAGGAGGCCAAGGACAUAACGGCCGAGCACAUUCCGACAUACAACGAGGAGCAAGUGCGACUGGUAACGCAAGAGACGCGCUACCUAUGGACACGCAUUGAAGAGAUGAUAGCCAGCCUAAACAACUCUAAUAAUAGCAGCCAACAAGGCACAUCCACAGCGUACAAUCAAACGUCAUCCGCAGCAGCAGCAUCAGGAGGGAGCAACCUGGCGACCUCACAAACAUACAUGCGAAGCAACCUACAAACACAGGACACGGAUGGCAACCUCAUCGAUGGCAGCAGCAUGGGUGGCCGGAUGACUGGUGGGAAUGAGUUUGUGGAGAACACGAAUGCACAGGCGGCGCUAUAUUUGCUGACGCUGAAUCGCAACAAGAGAUGCCUGUUGGCGUACCAUCGUCGGCGGGUAGAGUUUGUGAGGUCACUAUUGUGGGCGCUACACUUGGCUCCAUCCUUGGCACCUUCUGCGUUGUCGGUAAGGCUGGCGCCUGAGGAGCUGAAUUAUGCGCGGGAGUACGCCAGGCUGAAUUCGGCGUAUAGGGAUGCGGUUGAGGGGCAGCUUUGUCACAAUGAGUCCCUGGAUUGGACGGCUAAUGGUGAGCUGCCGCCCAGGGACUUGCUGAUUGAGGUGCGGGUGAUUAAGGACUGCGGAGAAAUUGUGACGGAGAAUGGUGUGGUCAACUUGCAGGCUGGGUCGCAGCAUUACCUGCACCGGUCGGAUAUUGAGCAUCUGAUAACCAUUGGGUACCUGGAGCACAUUAGCGCAGUUUGAAUUUUCAAUAAAUAUAUUUUUUAUAGUAAACAAAAAAGAAAAGAAAAAUUAAAAAGAAAAUCGAAGAUUUCAA